AGCCAUUUUGGCUCAAGGCUCGAGGGCACAGAGCCCGGCUCGAACUCGGAUUCGAGCUCGUCGCCACAGCUCUACCCUCGCCUCCCCUCCCCCUUCCCCUCGCGCCCGCCCUCCCUGCCCGCAUGCUCACGGGCAGGAGCGGGCAGCUCAGCAGGCUCGCCCCGGGGAGCGGCGCCGACGCCGAGCCGGAGCACACCCCGCGGGGCCCCCGCCCUGCUGCGCCCUGUGCGCGGGCCGCCGCGGCGGCGCUGGCCUGGGCCGCGGCAGCGCUGGCCUGGCCGGCGGCGGGGCCGAGGAGGGGAGCCCCUGCGCGAGCCGAGGCCGGCGCCCGGCGCGAGGCCAUCGUCGAGGCCUCGGAGGACCAGCGCGCGUGCGUCCUCGACGGGGACCUGCGCGUGAGGCGCUGGAGCGCGGGUGCGGGCGCGCCGACGGGGGGCGCCGGCAGCGGUGCCACGUUCGUCUUCGAGGGGCAGCUCUGGUUGGUCCGCAGCCGCACCGUGCAGAUACAGGCCGUCACCGCCAGCGGGGCCGCAGGGCAGGAGGACUUCGCCAACACCCUCAAGGAGAUCGCCAUCGGUGGCUCUUUCUUAGAGAAUAACACCCUGCACAUAUCCGCGACGGGCGUGAUCUGGCAUUCGGCCGACGGACAGAGGGAGCCCAUCCUCACUGACAUGGACUCCAAUUGGUCGAACGAGCUCGUCGAAGCCACGAGAGAUACCUCGGGGGAAGUGCUCCAGCCCGAUCGCGCGGUCGUCGACAGGACCGUGGUGCACCUGAAGCUGCCAAAUUCGGUGCGGCUACAUAUCGAGCAAUGGCCGGAUCCCGCUGCCCACUAUGUGAAUGUCAAGGUCACGAAGCCAGCUGAGAACGGCGAGGUGGGCUUAUGCGUGGACAGUGCAGCGCCAGCGGUAGGGGUAUCCACAUCGGAAACCCUCUUCCGUGCAGGCAUCUACACACGGAGUUGCCCAAGUGUAGAAUCUGAGAUUUCUUGGCCGUAUGGGGGGUGUGAGGGCUUGUCAACUGAAGCGAGCAUGUACAGUUUCAGCGCGAUCGACCGUUCAAUCUCCUGCGGAGUGUGCGGACAAAAUCAAUUUGUAGAUUUCCUGGGGAAGCUCGCCGCGGAUUUGAAGAACUUGAAAGAGGAGGAGUGUUCUCAAGGGGUGAUAUACGGAGUCGCAUUUGGUUCUAAGUAUGAGGAAAUGCUAGAUUUACAAGACGAUGUUGAUACCCAGAGGCUACUCCAGCUUCACCAGCGGUGUUUCUUUUAUUUCGUUGCGGCUGACAAUGAGUCAAAAUCUAUCUCUUUGAACCGCACUUCCAAGUCUGGUCUGAGCAUUUUGAUCCCUGUGCCGACGAGCGUCUUGCCAUACAAGAGCAGGCGCAGGAAUACAAAGUUAUUCAAGAUGUAUGGAGGUCUUGUCGUCUUUGCAUUUGCGAAGCGCCUUGUCUGGCAGGACGCGAAAAUGCUUGGAGACCUCUGUCAGAGCUGGAUAGGUACGAUGGACUAUCAGAAGAUGUUCACGGAGAAUAUCGAGCAACAUGGCACGUGUGCCUCAUUCCGGGCCCUGCCGAAUAAACCCGAAACCAUGGGAGAAGUACGUUCAGAUGGUCCUCGGUUCGAGUACCACUGUUCUUUUUUGGAGGCUGUGGAUCGGCCAGGUGUGACAGACGAUAGUGAGACACUCGGCAAGCAGUGCGGUCACUAUCGUCGACUUGAUCCAGAAAACUAUCGAAUUAGCUUAGACAGCGGCCUGAUUGACAGCGCAGUUAUUCUUUGGGAUAUGAGAAGUAAACGGUGCCGUGAUUUCAAUAGACAACUAUCGUGUACUUGGCUGGGCGAAAUCCAUUGCUUUGCAGAUCGUGAUCAGGUGAGCUUCCCAGAAGCUCUCCGCGCAGUGGGGGUCUAUGAACCAAGUGCGGUCAGCCCCUUGGAUUCAGAAGUAAAGGACAAGCUCUUCGUUAAAACAGAUGAUCCCGAAAUUCCGAUGGUACACAUUGGGAGAAGCAGCUGUCAUUGGUACUUCUCGGAUGUCAGCAACAACAUGUACACCUGCGCCAGUAACCCUGAUGUCGUGGCAAAGGGCACCGCGGCAAAUGCAUAGGGCAGAGCCCGUCGCAAAGGCCAUCGCCUGGAUUCAGUGCUAGUCGCCAAAGGCUGAUCGCACUGGUAGGCUUGGGGGCGUCGCUCGCACAUCUCUGGCGGGCGGCGGGGGCGAUGGCGUCGGCGCGACGUCGCGGCGCCAGGCCGCGUCCGUGGCAGCGCCCUACACAACCAGACAGCGGCAAGCUUCGGAGGUCGGCCGCUAUGAUCACCAGUCUCGCGGGCGAUCUCGUCCUCCUCCUCCUCGCCCUCAUCCCCAUCGUCAUCAAAGCCAGCAGGUCUCACACUGCUAGUGUUGAUUAUUGUGGUGAAGCCGUCGAGACCAACAAAUCAGCAUCUUGC